UGUAUUUUUCCAGAAAAAUAAACUUUAUGUUAUUUAAAUUAUACUAUACUAAAAAUUCCAAAUUUAAUUACAAAUCCAAAACAUUUUGAAUAUACAGAAUAUGUUUUAUGCAAAAGAGUAAAGCUUUCUAGAGCCAUGAAUUAUCUUUCUGAAUACGCUUGCUAAAAAAUGUAUGUAAAAAAGCAUUUAUAAAAGUUAAAAGCAAUAGUCCAGCUGCUCUAAAACCUCAUUAAGUGAUAUUAACCCCUUACAGAAAUAAAGAGAUUUUUAGUCAAGUUAAAUUUUUUUUAAAUCAAAUUUUUAAAGAUGUUCCCCUUAAUUAAUACCCAGCCACACGUGGACUAAACGUUUGGGUUUCACCUCAGCCUUGGAACAAAUGAAGGUAUCCAAGGCGAUGAGACAGACAUUAUGGUUUCCGUUUCGUUUGAGGUAGACGCUGUGAUGUGUUGGCCCAGUCAAAAGCUGUUCAAACUGUAACGCCUCGCAACGCCCGGAGUCGAAGGGCUGUAAUGAAGCGGUGUCAAAGGAAAUUAAAGGCUGGUGGAAAAUCAUACAUAAACAAAAAAUAACAAGAGAAAAACAUUGGAGAUGUCAAGUGGAUGGGUAUAUGUAUAUGCAUGCCUGACAGCUGUGAGAGUUCUCAGUCGGGGUGACAAGUAAAAGGCGUGGCCUUGAGCCUCGUUUACCGUUCCUUCACACCCCCCAAAACCCCCUGCAAUUUAAUUCCAUAUGAAAAGAUAUACGAUUUGGUUCAACGACUUUCAAUAAAAAGCGGUUUCUUUUUUUCCCUUUUCCCUUUCAGAGAGAUAUUUCACAAAUCAUUGAUAUUUAUUAGAGCCGCACACGAGCUCACUCUAAUCGCAUCACUCAUCCUUAUGCUCAGCAUAACCCCAUACCCCCAACUAUAUCUAUAUAUACUAUAUAUUCCAUCGUCAAUGAAAAUUAAUAUGUGUAUUUUCCCGACGAACAGCUGGUCUUUGUUUACAAAUUUGUAUUCAUGGCGCAGGCGCCGUUUGCCGGCUAGAAGGCUCUUCCAGUUCCAGUUCGAAAAUGAGUUCGAAAACUGGAAGCUGGAAGGGAGGGGAAAUUCGAAGUGCCGAACACUUUGGCGCCAAAUCAGCAUUCGCCCCCAUCGGAAUUUCACUCGCUGUCGGGAAAUCGAAAUGAAAGGAUCAAAAUGCGGAUCAAAUCAAGCGGCUUGCUAAACGAAAUUGUUUAAAAAUCUUAAAAAAAAUAAAUAAAAAUAUAUAAAAAAUAAAAAGAUAAAAAAUUAAUUAAUAAAAACUUUUAAAAACUGUAUUUUCAAAAACAAAAGUGAUUUAAGUGCUGAAAUGUAAACACAAACUCAUUCCAAACAAAAUAAAACAAACAAAGGAAAUAAAACGCAAAUCAGGUUCUUGUGGCGCCAUUUAUUUGCAUAAUUAAAGUCCGUCGGUUAGAUGGUGGGCGAGAUUAGGAGUCGCUCAGAUUAUGGCAGGUUCUGACUAGUGGUAGUCCAACAACAACAAAAAUAAAACAGAAAUAAUCCAACUGCAAUGAUGCAGGACACGGGCAGCCACAUGCAUCAUCGGGUGCCAUUCAAUGAUACGGUUUUAAAAGACCAUCAUCUAACCAGUACCGAUAUCGAAAAGUUUGUAAAAUUAUGGCAAGAAUUCCAAAUGAAGAACAUGACCCCCCAGGAUGAGUGUCAGGGCUAUUGCCAGGGGGAAAUUUAUAACUGGCUGCGUGCCUACAACAGCAUCCAUGGAUACGUUUCAUUGAUGAUUUGCAUAUUCGGGACGAUUGCGAACAUCUUGAACAUAAUGGUCCUGACCAGAAAGGAAAUGGCCAAGACGCCCAUAAAUAAUAUUCUCAAAUGGUUAGCCGUCGCCGAUAUGUUUGUGAUGCUGGAAUAUAUUCCCUAUACAUCGUAUCAGUAUAUCUACAUGAAACCGGGUGAAAAGGAUUUGAGCUACACCUGGGCAGUUUGCCUUCUGGUCCAUAUGCACUUCACCCAGAUUCUGCAUACGAUUUCCAUUGGUUUGACAGUGACGCUGGCGAUAUGGCGUUAUGUGGCCAUCAGCCAAAUGUUACCGUCUCUAUUCCACAGACAUCCGAAUGGUGGCUGUGCCAACUUCCUGCUUGCGCAUUCCCGGGAGGCGAUCCUCCUGCCCUUCAUCCUAUCGCCCAUCCUCUGUCUGCCCACGUAUUUUGUGUUCCAGGUGCGUGAGACCUAUGAUGUGGACAAGGUCAACUCGGAGGCCAUGUAUCAUGUGUAUUUCGAUAAGGACUCGGUGCUCUACAGGUUUAAUUUCUGGAUACAUUCCGUGCUCAUCAAACUUUUGCCAUGCGGCAUAUUGAUCGUCAUCAGUGCAGUACUCAUGCAUGUUCUGUGUGAGGCCUCGAGACGUCGCUUAAAGCUAAGAGACUACAAUAAUCCCGCCAAGUAUGCCAUCCAGCUCAACCUGAACGAAGCCAAGUCUAAGAAGCCGCCACGCUGUGAUCGUCGAAAUGAUCGGACUACCCUUCUUCUGGUGGCAGUUCUGGUUCUCUUUCUAAUCACUGAAUUCCCGCAGGGACUAUUAGGUCUGCUGUCCGGCGUGAUGGAGAAGUGCUUCUUUGCCCAUUGCUACCCACCAUUUGGUGAACUGAUGGAUCUGCUGGCGCUGAUCAAUGCCGCCGUGGGCUUUGUGCUAUAUGGACUGAUGUCGAAACAGUUUAGGACGACCUUCCGAUCGCUUUUCAUGAAGCGUCAUUUUGGCAGCACCGAGAUGACCCGGCUAACCAGGGUCACAACGACUUGUGUUUAAUUUGGGGGAAACGGAAAUCUCCAAGGUGUGAUUAUGAGUAGAGGAGCAAAGUAUGAAGGGGACACCCAAAAGUAGAUGAAGGACAUCCAAGAUGUUCCUGGCUGGCUCCGUUUGAAUUUUCUAAAACCAUAAACUUUAUAAAAGUUUCGUUAUCUUGAAUAACACUUAAACCAAGAAACUGUGAGUGUGGAAUUAAAGUUUAAACUGAACGAUGAACUUGAUUAUAGACUUUAAAGGUUUUAAUAGAGUACAUCGAUUGGUUAACAGAUUAAUUCUGCUUGUGAUUUGGCUGUCUAGAAAGUGCCAUUUCAUUUCCAAUUUAAAUUACGGCCUAAGAUUUAUUCGUUAACCAGUUCGUGUUUCAAAUUCGUGUUAGUAUAUAAGUUUUUUGAUAGGCGGUAAGUCAGUACAAGCUAAGAGACAUUUACUUUCCACUAAGGUCUUAAAACAGGAAUCCAUGAAUAUAUAUAUAUAUAUAUAUAGCUAUGCUAAGAGGAUUGAAAAACUCCAUGAGCCCCCGAGUUGUUUUGUAUCUUCUUGGCUAAAAAAAAUAUCAAAUGCUAUUUUGAUUAUAUAUGUCGAUAUCUGGUUUUUCAGCCAAGUGCCAAUGGAUUUUACAUUGGCACUUUGAAGUUCCAAAAAUUAUAAAUGUACUAUCUAACUAAGCUGCUUGUACUAUUUAUAAAUAAAUGUAAACACUGUCAAAUAAAUGUUUGAUGUGAGUUA